AGAGUCUGUUUAGUUUUAUCAAUUGUAACAUUAUCGCAACCAACACCGGACUCGUCCAAUUCGACAAGUUUGUCCUCGCGAACUAAUUGGAUAAUGUAAUUAACAGAGUCCUCUGCUUUAAUGGGUUAAACCACAUACGUUAUUAUUUUUUUGUUGAUUUUUACCUACUGUGUUUUUUCAGUAAGUGACUCAUAGAAAACAAAUGCAAUAGAAUAGACAAUCGAAUUUUGUUGUACGCGUUUGUACGAGUUAAUAUUUAGCGUUAAAUUUGCUAUCAAGUUUCAUAUAUUUUUGCAGACAUUCACAAUUGCGAUUUUCAAUUCGAUUUUUAUCGUUAUUGUAUGCUUGUAUUGUAAACACCUUAAGAUACACUUUGUUAUUCCAGUUUUUGCAUUUCGUUCUUUGAUCAGUUUUUCAUGUAAUGUAUUUUAACGGAAUUUCAACGAUUUAUAAUCCAUAUUAAUUACUCUCACUUAUUUAAUUGUAAAUAUUUCGUGCAAACUGAAUUUAACACAAUUUUUUAGAGAUUACUUACAUGUAGUAAAAUUUUGCAUUUUAUAAUAUUAAUAAUUUGCACAGUAUUACAUGAAUAUGUCUCGAAUUAUUUUAUACUGUUCUAUACAGAGUAAUUGCUAGUUGGAAAGUUAUAACAUUUAUAUUGUGAAAAGGUAUAUGAUUUGAUAUGUAUGGCGUUUGAUUGCAAAAUUUAGUAUAUUUACUAUUUUUCUACAAUGAAAUAUCUUAUUUUUAAUAUUUUCAUUUUUAGAAAAGUACUUUUCUGCAAAUGUAAAUUUUAUGUACUAGUUUUUUUAAUUGUUCUUGUUUAGUAAAUCUCACAUUAAAAAACUAUUGUAUAUAGCUUUCUGCAGUGUUUUAAAUUUUAUAAGAAAAAUUCAUGAUUCAUUGUUCAUAUUUAUCAAUUCAGUUGCUCGUUAAAACAUGUAUUUAAAUGACGAUUACUUUGUACGUAAAUGAAAGUCUUAUCUAUUAUAUAUGAACUUUAAGUAUAAAUAGACAUUUAUCUGCUGAUUUAAAGGUUUAGGUGCAAAUAAAAAAAUGAAAGUUCAAAAUUUAAAUUGUUAUAUAUAUAAUUUUAUUAUCUAUAUAAUUGGGUAUAUAUUAUUUUUUAUAGUUGAAGUAAUAUAGUUUAUAAAUGUCAAUUUCAGAGUUAUUUUAAUAAUUUAUUAUUUGCAGUAAUUGAAUGAAUAUAAAAUAAUUAGAAUUUUAUGUUUAAAUGUAUAUUUUACUAUAUAAAUAUAGAUUGAGAUUUUUCAUUAUUCUUAAAUGUAUUAAAUACAUUUCAUUGGAAAUAUUAGUUCAUUAUAAACUUUAUGAUAAGAAAAUUCAUAUUUGGUUUUUACAAUAAUAGAAUAAUAUAUUCUAGGUGUAUUUACAAAUCUUUUAAAUUUAGGUGAUCAUGGCUAAUCGGGGUACAGCCCAGAGGCCAAAUGGUUCAACACAAGGAAAAAUAUGUCAAUUUAAAUUGGUAUUGCUUGGAGAAUCUGCUGUGGGAAAAUCAAGUUUGGUCUUGAGGUUUGUGAAAGGACAGUUCCAUGAAUAUCAAGAAAGCACUAUCGGAGCUGCAUUUUUAACACAAACUGUGUGCCUGGAUGAUACGACUGUGAAAUUUGAGAUUUGGGAUACAGCAGGACAAGAACGUUAUCAUAGUCUUGCACCAAUGUAUUAUCGUGGUGCACAGGCAGCCAUUGUUGUAUAUGAUAUAACAAACCAGGACACAUUUGUACGUGCCCAAACGUGGGUGAAGGAAUUGCAACGACAAGCCAGUCCAAGUAUAGUUAUAGCAUUAGCUGGAAAUAAAGCCGACCUUUCAAAUAAAAGAGUUGUAGAAUUUGACGAAGCUCAAACUUAUGCUGACGAAAAUGGCCUUCUUUUCAUGGAAACUUCAGCCAAAACAGCAAUGAAUGUUAAUGAUAUAUUUUUGGCAAUUGCCAAAAAACUUCCAAAGAAUGAACAAUCAGGAAGUGCAAGUACAAGUGGUCAAGGUCGCCGAUUAGUUGAGACAGAAGGGCAAAAGGCAGCAACUGGCAAUUGUUGCAAGUGAUUAUCCAAAUCUGUACGUGUCAAAUAUAUGUUGGUAUAUAUUUUUAUAUUAGUUACAAUUUGACACCUUCGCGAUAAACGAACUUCACCAUAAAUGGUGAAAGAUAUAAUAUCCAUGAAAAGAUCAUAAAACAAUUAAUAUAUGCAUUAGAUAUGAGCCCAGCAUUUGAUAUAAUAAUAUAAUACUAUAUAAUACAUAUUUUUAUAAUAUUCAAAUAUGUAAUAGACACUACUGAUCAUCUUGAAUGAUAAUAUAAUUUGAUAGGUUAAAAUUUACAAUGGGCACUGUAUACGAAAUUUUGUAUUAAUAUUGUGGAAUAUUCUUAAGUAGAUAUUGCUAUAGCAUAUUUCUUAUGUUUAAUAUUUUCAUUGCAUGUAUUUUUGACUUAUUUCAUUCUUAAUAUUUAUUAAAGAAGUAAAGAAGACACAUGAACAUGAAAAUUGAUUUAAUAUUUCUUUGAAUUAUUGUUGAAUGCAUCAAUAUAAUUGACGAUACAAAGGGCAGAGGCUUAAAUAACUCAACAUUUUACAAUAAAAGAAUGUUUUUGUAUUGAAUUUUUAGAUAGAUAUAAUAAAUUCUAUGUUUUCAUUGGAAUAUAAUUUUUUAGUAGUUACUAAAAGAUUACAAAAACUGAGGUUUUUUUUUAACUUACAUCAACAUUUUUGUCUAUUAUAAAUUUAAGCACAAUCUUAAGACAUUACAUUAAAAAUAUUUUGGCAUUUAUGAAUUAUACUUUUAGAACAAAGAUUAUAUUUAUAUAAGAAUAUUUCUAUAUAAUUGUUUUGUAUUAUACAUAGCUUUGCAGAUCAACUAUUGCAGCAAAUAAUAAUGUAAAGUUUCGCAUUUUUUACUUAUAUAUCUUUAAUGAACCUAUUGCUAUAUUUUAUCAUUUAUGGUGUUGCAAAACAUGGGUAUUAUGUAUUGCACUUAGUUGAAAAUAAUACAUAAUUAAAAUUCUAUAUCAGAAUUAAAGAAUUUCUCUUUUUUAUAUGUUAUAUGUUAAAUUUUACAAGAUUCUAUCAUAAAGUAUGUAGUUAUAAAUAUAUAUUAUGAAGUAUAUACUUUAUAAUACAUAAUAUAGUUAUAUUAUCUAUCAUAAAGUAUAAAGUUACAUAUUGUAUGCUUAAAAAUGUUAUAUAUUUCAUUUAUCUUUUGUAUUUAUUAUUUGAGUAAAAUACGAAUAACAUACUUUAAAUAUUAAUUAUAUCGUUAAAUGUUAGAUACAAGAGAGUAAAAAUAUCCUUGUAAUAUAUUUACGAUCUUGUUGUAGAUUUGUUACUGUAAAUCAUAAAAUGAUAUUAAAGAAAAUGUUAAUUUCUUAUUCAAAAGUUGAGUUUAUUAAUUUAAUCAAUACAACUGUACUUUGAAAAAUACCUUUAUUUAAAUACCAUAUAAUAUAACGCAAAAACUCGGUAAAUUUUUUUCAGUUUUAUCAAAAUUAUUAUAAUGUACAAUAUAAAUCAGUGUUUACUCUAUUUCUUCAGUUUUUUCACUUUUUCAUCAUAAUUAUAUUUUAAUAAUAUUUAAUUAUAUGAAUUAUAUUAAAUAAUUAAUUUAAUAAUUUUAUAAUUAAUAUAUUUUUAUAACAUGGUUAAUAAUUAAAUAAGAUAAAAAGAUAAUAAUUAGAGAACAUAAAGUAAUUUAUUUGUUAUAUUUGUUUUACACAUAUUUUAAAUACGUUAUAAAUAUGUAUAUUAACUGAAGUGAAAUUAUUACAAUAACAGCGUUAAUUAUAAUUAAAGUAUUAUUUUUAUAAGUAUUUUUUAUAUAUUUUAUAAAUUGUUUUAUUUUUGUUCCAAAUGUGUAGAUCAUAGAAAAUUUUGGAAAAUUGUAGUAGUACUUUAUUAUUAUAACUAUAUUUGAAAUUGAAUUAAUUCAUAAUGUUUUUUAAUUAGAGUAUAAUAAAAUUAGAGUAUAAUGUUUGA